AUGACAAUUUGUGAAGCACCAUAUACUGAGGCAGGACAAAUUAUUACAGACUUUAUAAAAAAUAACAAUGCAAAUAAAUUAUAUGAAAAAAAAAGUAGUGAAAUUAUUGUUUUAAAUAAUAAUAUUAAAAAAAAAUGGAUUACUUGGACAACAAUUGAUUAUGAUUCAUUACCAAAAUGGUAUAAAGAUAAUGAAUUUCUUCGUAAUGGUUAUAGACCACCAUUAUAUUCAUAUACUGAAUGUUUUAAAUCUAUAUUUUCAUUACAUACUGAAACGGGAAAUAUAUGGUCCCACUUAUUUGGUUGUAUAUUAUUUUGUUUAAUCUUUCUUGUUGAAAGAUUUUCACAUAUACAAUUUCGUCCUUCUAAUGAUCAAUUAAUCUUAGCAAAUUUUUAUUUUUCAGCUGUUUUUUGCUUUGGCGCCAGUAGUUUGUAUCAUACAAUGAUAUCACAUUCAUGUAAAGCAAUGACAGCUUUUUGUAAAAUAGAUUAUGCAGGGAUUGCUAUAAUGAAUGUUGGAGGAUUUAUACCACCCAUAUAUUAUCUUUUUUAUAAAAAUCCUGAAAUUCAAAAAUUUUAUUUAACUAUUAUUAUAACAUUAGGAAUAAUAUGUAUAUUUUUAUCAUUAUCAAAAAAAUUUAGUGAAACUGAAUAUAGACCAUUAAGAGCAGCAGUUUUUUUAACACUUGGUUGUUCAGCUUUUGUUCCAAUAUUACAUUAUUGGAAUAUGAAUGGAAUUGAUAAAUUUGUUGAAAAUGGUUUUUUAAAUUUAAUUGCAAUGUUUUUCAUUGAUUUAAUUGGUGCUUUGUUUUAUGUAACAAGAAUUCCUGAACGUUGGUUUCCAGGAAAAUGUGAUUAUUGGUUUCAAUCACAUCAAUUAUUUCAUAUAUGUGUACUAAUUGGAGCCAUAGUUCAUCAUUAUUGCAUUAAUUUAAUGGCACACAAUUGUUAUAAGGAUAACAUUUGUCUACCACAACUUACUUCACAAAUUAUAAACUCAACAAUAAAUCAUCAGGAAUUUUAA